GACGCCGCCCGUGUGUGAAUUCAAAGUUAGAGUUGUUUUGAGCGCGGCAGGCAAAUAAUCAACGGUUAAAAAGUAUUUGAUUUCAAAACUGGAAAAUGGCCGAAGAAUCGGCGGUUAAGGUUUGUGUUCGGGUUCGUCCAACAAUUGAGAGAGAGGAAAGUGUUGACUCAGAUACGACAGAGCCUGUGCAACUUUUCUGGAAAGCUGAUAAGAAAUCAAUUUAUCAGAUUGAUGAUGGCAACUCAACAAAGAGCUUCAGUUUUGACCGGGUGUUCACCGCGGAACAAACAACCGAUCAACUUUACCAGGCUAUCGCAAAGCCGUUGGUUGUUUCAACUGUCGAAGGAUACAACGGCACCAUAUUUGCUUAUGGACAGACAUCCUCAGGAAAGACAUUCACUAUGAUGGGGAGUGGCCACGCCCCUGGUGUCAUACCAAUGGCUGUUGAAGAUGUGUUCCAAACCAUUAAAAAAAAUUGUCCGAAUAAGAAGUUUCUUCUGAGGGUAUCUUAUAUGGAAAUCUACAAUGAAACUGUGACUGAUCUCCUUGUUGGCAGCUGGAAAAGAAAACCUCUAGAAGUCAGAGAGACACUCAAUAAAAACAUCUAUGUUGCUGACCUGACGGAAGAAGUGGUCAAUUCUCCUGCACAAGCGCUUGCUUGGAUUCGUAAAGGAGAAAAGAAUCGUCACUAUGAAAAGACUAAAAUGAACCAACGGAGCAGCCGUUCACACACGAUUUUUCGAAUGAUCCUAGAGAGUGAAAGAAGUGACCCGGCAUCAGGUGAAAAUUCAGAUGGAGCAGUUAUUGUUUCCCAUUUGAAUUUAGUUGACUUGGCUGGAUCAGAGAGAGCGAGCCAAACGGGGGCUGAAGGAGCCCGCUUCAAAGAAGGCUGCAAUAUCAAUCGCAGCCUUUUCACACUCGGCCAAGUGAUAAAAAAACUUAGUGAAGAAAGCCAGAGGGGGUUCACAAAUUACAGAGACAGUAAGCUCACCCGCAUACUUCAGAACUCCCUGGGUGGAAAUGCCAAAACUGUCAUCAUCUGCACAAUUACUGCUGCUGCACUGGAUGAGACACUCAGCACUCUUCAGUUUGCCAGCACGGCAAAGAAAAUGAAGAACGAUCCACAUGUCACGGAAGUGUCUGACGACGGUGCUCUGCUCAAGAGAUAUCGCAAUGAAAUUGUCGAGCUCAAGAGGCGACUUCAUGAGGUUUCCUCAGGAACACAGACCACCGCAACGGAGAAGGAGGUGCUCUCGCAGCUUAUCCAAGAAAAAGAUCAACUUCAGAGAGAACAAGAGGACCGAAUUAAAAACCUCACAAAAUUGUUGGUCACAAGCACCAACGUGGUUCAGGUUCAGAAGUUUCCCAAGCGCAGAGUUACAUGGGGUGGAAAAAUGAUGUGCUUGGCCGCUCCAGGUACUGAUGAAGGUAGUCCUUCCAACCGCAGCUUUGCAGGGUAUGCUUCACGUAAGAGGAAAAGUAAUCGCUCCUGUAUGAUGGAGCUGACUGAAGAUGAUGAAGACUUUGACUCUCUGUGGGAGAUACCUGAGGAGCCAUCUGAUGACACAGACUCCAGUCCAAGCUUUGUGUCUGUCCGUUGCUCUAAAAAGAGCAGAGAGGCUGAACUGGACUUGGAGCUUCAAACUGUAGAACACCAAAAUCAACAAGCCUUGGAGAAAAUUCUGGAAAUGGAGGAGAAGGCAGCGGAAGUUAACCUUCAGCUUAAAAGUGAAACUCAACAGAGGUUAGAGGCUGAGUCAAAAGUAGAGAUGCUGGAGUUGUCUGUGGCAGAAAUGAAAAGGCAGCUUGAAGAGCAGAGCCACGUGCAAUGUGAAGCUGACAAACAGCUGCAAAGAGAUUUUGGAGAAACUAUCCAACUUUGUGAGAACCUUGCCACAGAGAAGGAUAUGCUGGCUAAUGAGCGAGACUCUCUCAAACAAGAUCUGGACAUAUUGAGGAAGCAAACUACGAGCCUACAAAAAGACAUUACUUGUCUGUCACGGGAGCUGGAGGAGAAGAAGGAGAAUGAUGAGUUUAUCUGCCUUGAGAAGCAAUUUGGGACAGAACUUGAGGAUGAGUUGAAAAGGGAAGUAUCCUCAUUGAAGAUAGCGAUGGAAUCCCGUGAGCUCCAGUGCUUGGAACUUCAGAAAACAUUGGACACUGUUUCCGAAGAGCUGAAGCAGAAAACCAAAUUUGCUGCUGAUCUUCAGAAUAUGAACGGCAAAAACUUAGUUGAAGAAGUGACAAAGCUCCGUCGCUCACUCGAUGAUGUGGAAGGACUCAGCAUAGAGACAAAGAAAGAAUGGGCAGUCCUGCGCAGUGAAAACAUUGCCCUGGAAGAGUUAAAGAUGACUCUGACUCUCGGUCACGAAAAAAUGGCGGCCGAGGUCAACAGCCUUCGCUUUCAACUUGAUGCUGAGAAAUCACGUUUCAAAAAGAUGCAGCUGGAUCUCCAGAAAGAGCUAAAUGUUGUGUUUGAUGAGAACACCAAGCUCACUGCUCUUCUAGAUGGAAAACUCUCAAAAAAUCAGAUAGAAAGGACAGUUAUCAAUCUGAAUAAAGAGCUGGCAGCAUCCAAAGAGGCAGAGGGUGCCCUUAGAGCUCAGCUAGAGGAAAUGACGUCACUUCAGGCUCUUCCAAAUGAAGUGGACAACCUGAAUAACAAGUUGACUGAGCUGACUGAGGAGCUGAUUGGUGUCCAAACUCAGAGAGAUGAGCUGCUCUCAAGUCAAGCUGCAUGCCAAGAGGAGAUUCAGCAGCUCAAGGACAACCUGCAGAAAUACCACAAUGAUACUGUCCAACUACAGGACUCCUUAAGUGCCACCACACAAAGGGAAACUGACCUGAUGAAGCAGUGUACUGAUGCUGGUAUACAGCUGGAAUUUCUUCAGUCGGAUCUGGAACAGUCCGAAGCUGAGAAGAGUCGCCUCAUUGCCGUUGCUGCAGAAAGUAACCAGAAGGUUGCAGAGACUCAAGAUCGUCUGUGCUCUCUUCAGGAUGAACUUCAAUUGCAAAAUCAAAACUAUUUGGACCUCAUAAAAAAACAGGAGGAAUCUGAAGUAGGUCUCUCUAGCUCUACUGAAGAGAUCGAGAAGCUAGUCUCUGAAGUCACAGCUCUCACUGCAGAAAGAGAUUCACUCAAGGUGGAUAUGCAAGAUAAUGUAGAGAUGAUGAUUGAGAAUCAAGACGAGCUAAGGACUGCCCUUGAGAAAAUCUGUGCUCUGAAACGCCAAGUCAGUCAGUUAGAGGAUACCCAAACAUCCAACGUGGGAAAGCCUACUGACGACAUGACCGCAGAGUUUGGGGAGCUUCAAACACAAAUAAAGAAUUUGAGCGAAGAGCUUGAACGUGUGAAAGUCGAGAGAGAUGGCCUGCUCGUCACCAAGGAAGCCGGACCUGAGACUUCUCAGGAUGAGAUUCAAAAGCUGUUGUGCAAAGUAAUGUCACUCAGUGAAGAGAGGGAUCAGCUCCAUGAGACGGUCGAGGGACUAAGAGAGGAGAAGAACCAGCUUAGAGAGGAGUUGGAGGAAAGGAUGGCGAUGAUUCAGUGUGGAUUACAGCAAGAGCUGCUCGGCUCAGCUGCACAGUCACUGAAAGAAGAACAAGAGGCGCAACAAAAUAUGCAGAUCCAACAGCUGCAGCAGCAUCUGGAGAAAUCUCAGGAGGAGGUGACUUUAUUGAAAACGGACCUUCAAGAAUCUCAAGAGCUGACAAAGACUCUAACAGAAGAACUUGAUCAGACUAAAGCUGAGAAAAAUGUCUUACUGGCUGAGAAGGAAGUUAGCUGCCAGAGCUCCGAAGAGGAUAUUGAGAGUGGGACAUGCAGAGUGAUGUCUCUCAGUGAGGAAUGCUCUCAGUUGCAGAAGACAGUGGAGGAUCUCAAAGAAGAGAAACAACAGAUAUCUAUCAUCCAGGAGAAGAUGAGUGAGCAGAAUCAGUUAAGCUUGCAACAGCUGUCAGAAACAAAAGAACGAGAGGCCGGCCUUCAACAAGAGAUAAAGAAUUUGAGUGAAGAGCUUGAAUGUGUGAAAGCCGAGCGGGAUAGCCUAAUUGUCACCAAGGAAGACGGACGUGAGACUUCCCAGGAUGAGAUUCAGAAGCUGUUGAGCAAAGUAAUGUCACUCAGUGAAGAGAGGGAUCAGCUCCAUGAGACGGUUGAGGGACUGAGACAGGAGAAGAACCAUAUCAGAGCAGAGCUGGAGAUGCAGUGUGGGUUACAGCAAGAGCAACUUGUCUCAGCUUCACUGAAAGAAGAACAAGAGGCUCAACAAAACAUGCAGAUCCAACAGCUUGAGGAGCAUCUGGAAAAAGCUACAGAGGAGGUAACCCUCUUGAAAAUGAACCUUCAAGAAAAUCUAGAUUUGGUGAUGAAGAGCCAGGCAGAGUCUAGGGAAGCUCAAGAGAAGGUCGGAGCCCUACAGGACGAGAUCAACAUUCUGAAAAGUGAAACCCAAUACACUGGCAAAUUUCAAGAGCUUCAAAAUCAGGAUCAGAAGCUGGCGGAGGAGCUUGAAGAUGUGCGAGCAGAAAGAGAUGCUCUGCAAACUGAGAGGUUGCUUGAAGUUCAGACUAACAGGGAUGAGAUUGAAAAAUUGAUGGCUCAUGUAACCUCUCUCAAUGAUGAGAGAAAUCAGCUGCAAGGCCAACUGGAAGCACAGAGACAGGAAAUAAGCCAGCUCAGAGCUCAACUGGAAGAUGUGGCAGGAACCUAUCAAACUGAGGUUCAGAAGCUUGCGGAGGAGCUUGAAGGUGUGCGAGCAGAACAAGAUGCUGUGCAAUCUGAGCGGUCCCUCGAAGUUCAGACUAACAAGGAUGAGAUGGAAAAGCUGAUGGAUCAUGUAACCUCUCUGAAUGAUGAGCGAAAUCAGCUGCAAACCCAAUUGGAAGCAGAGAGACAGGAAAUGAGCCAGCUCAGAGCAGAACUUGAAGAUAUGGCAGGAACAUAUCAAACUAAGACAAGUGCUUUAACAGAGGAACUUCAUCGUACUAAAGCAGAGAAAGAUGUGUUACUGGCUCAGAGUGAAGUCAGCUGCCAGAGUUCCGCAGAGGAAAUUAGGAGUCUGACAUGCAGAGUGAUGUCUCUAAGUGAGGAACGUGCCCAAUUACAGGAGACACUGGAGGAGCUCAAACUGAAGAAGCAACGGCUUACUGCAAAUCACCAAGCUGAGAACAUUUCUUUCAGUGAGAAACUCAAAGCAGUUGAGACAGAGAGAUAUGUCCUACUGGCUGAAAAGGAAGUCAGUUGCCGAAGCUCCGCAGAGAAGAUUGAGAGUCUCAAUGAGGAACUUGCUCAAUCACAGGAGACACUGAAGGAGCUCAAACUAGAGGAGCAACUGCUCACUUCAAAGCACCAAGCUGAGAAAAUGCAUCUCACUGAAAAACUCAAAGCAGUUGAGGCUGAGAAAGAUGCUUUACUUUCUGACAAGGAAGUCAUCUGCCAGAGCUCAGCAGGAGAGAUCGAGAGUCUGACAUGCAGAGUGACGUCCCUCAGUGAGGAAUGCGUUCAAAUGCGGCAGACUCUUGACGAGCUCAGAGAAGAGAAAAAACAGUUGCAAACAGAAUUGCAGAACAAGAUAAGCAUGAUUUCUACCAUCCAGAAUAAGAUGAGUGAUCAAAAUCAGUUAAGCUUGCAGCAGCAGGCAGAAUCAAGAGAACGAGAGGCCGGCCUUCAGCAAGAGGUACAGCAAUUAGAGGAGCAGCUAAAUACAUUAAAAAGGCAAAGUGAGGCCCACACGGCGUCUGCAACCUUGCAGCAGUUGCCCGACAAAGAUGAGGCAUCCGUCUCUGUGCGCAAUGAGAAACUUGGUCGUUUUGUACAGAACAUGGCCGAUGCCAAAGGGAGUGAUACCUCAGAGAUACAAGACCCAACUGUAGAACUUCAGAAGUCAUUUGGGAGAUUGCUGAAAAUCCUGGACUGCAGCACCCUCAUUGACUCCACAGCAAUCAAAGAGUUUGAUGAGGAUGUUUAUCUAAGCAAUGCUGAGUCGAUCACCUUGCCUCAAGCUACAUUGGAAGCCCACAAUACCGUCUGUCAUUUGGGAACGGAGUCUUUGAACAUUCUGGGACAUAUUGGUGAUGCUCUCGGAGAAAAAGCCAAGAUGUACAAGAAUCUGUUUGAGGAGUUAAUCAAUAAGGAUCUGUUUGAGUUUGAGGAGUGUCGCCGAAAGCUGUGCACAGUACAGGUGCCCACAAACUCCGUUCAAGACCAGGAAAAUCUUUCUGAGCAGGAGCGCAGAACAAGAGAGCUGUUGCGGAAAAGACAUUUUUACCUGGAGAAAAUGGAGAUUGUUUUGAAGAAGCUUCUAGCACGCUUCUGUUCUUGUGGUGGUGUUCUGUCAGCUGACAUUAAAGGAAGGGAUAACUUCGAAGAGCAGUUUGAGGCUGGGAUCACCAGCCGGCCGGUGGUCCCCAGCAGGCUGGACAGUAUGCUGAGCUUGGAGGUGGAACGCAGAUCUGAAGUGAUACAAAGCAGGAAGAUGAUUUUACAGGGCAUCAUGGAUGAUGACAAAGAUUUGAGUUGGGAAUUGCGGCAGCUUGACUUUCAAGUUGAAUGUUACUUGGGACAACAAAGACAGAAGCAGUCUUCCUGGUCUCGAGACUACAGACUCAUUCUUGAGCUGGAAGAAUCAAGGGAAGAAGUCGAAGAAUUGCGUAUGAAGACUAAGCAGCUGGAAGAGGCCCAGCUUAAAGCCAACAACUUUGUGUCCAGCCAUGAAAUGGCCUUUCAGCAACUUCAGACACAAAUGCAAAGUAUCCAGGCACAAGUUGAGGAGAAAGAAAACGCAAUUCAUAUACUAAACGACCAACUGCAAAAGGCAGAGAAAAAUGCUUCUGCUGCUCAGCUGGAGAAAGUUUGUGCGAAACUGCGCAGGAUGGAAAUGGAAAUGAGCUCAGCAUUUGACCGACAUCAAACGGAGAUCCAGAAGAUCACAUUGGUUCUGCAUGAUAGGGACAGGUCUGUGAGGAGGCUGAAGGAAACACUAAGGACAUUGCAGCAAGGAGAGGAGUCAUUCCUGCAGGGUGAGGAGCUGCAUGAGCGACUGGUUAACCCGCGGGGUUUGGUUGUCAAGAGCAGUCUUGUGCUGGAAAAGACCAAACUCGUGGAGGAAAGGACCAAACUGGAGGAGGAAAAGGCCAAACUGCAGGAGGAAGUCAAACAGCUUCAUCUGAAAAUCACACAUUUAGACAAGUUGGUUUUCAGCCACCAGGCAGAGAUCACUAAGUGGAAGAACAGAGCGUUGAAACUGAAGGUGAAGACCAAAGAGGACGUGGAUAGGUCUUCACAGCCUUAUCCUCAAACCAAGCCUGGACACACUCUGUCUUCUCCUUCCUCCUUCCUCGGCUCACCAAGGAAAAAGUACACCUCGACGCACCUGUUUAAUUCCCCAAAGAGCUCACUGCUUGACUCCCCGAAAAGCAGCUUUUUUAAUGGUCCUGAAAGUUCCCAACUGCUUUUGAAAACCUGUCCCAAGAACUUCUUUGACAACUCCAGCCUUGGGUCCCUUCCAGAUGUUGACAUAAAGGAUGAGUCGCCAAGGCUAGAAGAUCAGUGUACAACACAGUGAAUGCAUUAAUUUAAUGUUAUGUAUGUGUGUAUUUCCAACAUACAUGCAGUUUCUCCUUUUUGUUCAAUGUUCCAGUUAUUAUUCUUUUGUGAAGGGGGGGAAAAAACUACUUCCUCACAGUUGUUUUUAUCAAUAAAAGUUAUUUUAACCAAGCAAA